AUGCUCUCGACUCCCACCUGCAAGGAUCCCCCCCCACGUGAGCCCCCGACAGGGCCGAGCGCGUCCCGCCGGCCCCAGGCGCUGCAGCUACCUAACCAGCGCGGCCCCGAGGCGGGCGCUGCGGCGCGUCCUCCCCGCACCUGGUGGCCGGAGGGCAGCGCGCCGAGCGGCUUGGGCCCCGGGGCCCCAGGGGUGUCAGGAUCCAGCGGCCGAACGCGGCGGUGCCGAGGGUUCCGGCGGCCGCGGGCUUUGUGCGCUCAUAGCAGCCGGGGGCUCCUCGGGCCGGGACCCGCUGGGUCCCGGGGAAGAGAAUGGGGCGGCCGCGCUCCGAGCAGGCUCGCGCUGUUUCCCCCGCACCGCUGCCCCCUGGCCGAGGGCUGGGCUGGAGGUGGCGGCCCGGGGUCCUCAAAAGACAAGUUGAACAAGGGCAGGGCUGGGCCCGCGCUGUUGGGGGACAGUCCGAAGGAGCCUCCCCUUAAGGGGUCUGGGCAAGGCCACUGCAGGAGCUUUCUCAAGUGCUGCGAAAAGGGCCGGAUCUCCCCGGGGAUGGGGAUAAAGUGGGUGUGGGGAUGGAGUUGGGACAGGUCUUCCUGCCUGGGUGAUCGCGUGGGUUACACGGAAGACGGGCCGGCGCCACAUCUGAGUGAAAAGCGGAGGAAGACCUUAGGCCUGCCGCCCAGGCGGGAUUUGGUGAUUGCCGACUGGAGGCUUCCCUGGUGGCGCAAUCUGGAAUGA